UAAAGGGCCAGACCCAGCAUCCUUCUCCCGCGAAAGAGAAAGUACCCGGAUGUUGUUAGGAUGAAACCUGCAAAAUAUGGAUAUGGACCUAGAUGCUAUACCGUUGCCUGGGCAACCAGAGACUAAGGCAAAGGUGGAUACCUCAAAAUCUGGAGCUUCUAGGGAUGCUGUGGUCAAGAAAGAUAAGCCAACUGGUCCUGUAAAGAUUCAACGCAAAUCUAGAUUCUCUUUCUCAUCUCCAAAACCAAAAAACCCAGAAGAAAGCCCUUCUGACGUGAAGCCUAGCGAACCUGCAGUGAAAGUCAAUGAGCCUUCCAAGCUAAUCACCCCAGUAGUAUCAACAAUGGAUAAAACCAUGACUAAAGCCCAAAAAUUACUAAGGGAAAAACAACAACAGUUUUUAGUAAAACAAAGAACUCCUUCUCAGUUAGACCUGCAGCAAAAAGGUUCAACAAAAAUCAGUUUUGCAAUAAAGGGUAAGAAAAACCUUGUAACCUAUGAUGACUCUGAAUCAAGCCAGAAUGAAGAUGAAAAAUCUGAUGCAAAAACUGGAAGAAUGGAAGAACUUAUACAGUCAAAAAGUGCUGCAAAAUUAAAUAAAACAUCUCCUCCAAAGGUUAAAGAUAAACCAAAGAAAACUGAUCAUGGAGAAUCACAAAUAAAACCAGUUUCUAGUGACAGUAUUAAAAUUCGUUCUUCAGAAGCCUCCGAAGAUAAAAUUACAACAAAUACUGAAAACCUAACCAAGUUGAAAUCUAGAUCAGAAAAACCAAUCAAGGAUGAUAAUAAAAAUGCAGGUGUAGAAGAAUCAAAACAAAAAGACAAUGAAAAAUUGAAUGAAGAAACUGAAAUUUCAAGUGCUAAAUCAACAUCAGCUGUAAAAAAUACUAAGGAACAGGAAACUAGGUAUUCAAGUAGGUCGAGAAAAGGCCGCUCACGUAGCAAAAGCUCUGAGAAGUUGAGGAAAAGAUCAAGUCAGAAAAGAUCUAGAAGUAGGUCUCCCAAGAAAUCUCGAAGCAAAACUCCAAAAAGGCAACAUAGAAGACAUUCACAUAGCAGAAGUCCAAAAAGAACAUCUAGUAGGGCAAGUAACAGAUACAGAAGCAGGAGUCAGAGUUCUGAAAAGAGUCCCAGCUAUAGCCGAAAGGAUAGAAAAUCAUCUCAGAGACGAGGCAGGAGAAGUCCAAGUAGCAAAUCCUAUAGGUCUUCAAAUAGGCAUUCAAUGAGCGGAAGCUCUGACUCAUCUCCAGACAAUACCACAAGACGAAAGAAAACUUUGAGCCGAAGUCCUACCAGCAAGCGACAAUCAAGAAGAUCAAGAAGUAAAAGUAAAGAAAAGAGACGAGAUUCAAGGCAGCACAGAAAUAAACGGUCACAUUCACGCAGUAAAGAUUGUUCAAUUGAAAGAUCAAUCAUAACCAAUGAGGAACGAAGUAGUUCAAAAAGUAAGAAACAUAGGGAUAGAGAACAAAAUUAUGAAAAAGAAAUGGACUCUGAUGGUCAAUCCACUGAUAACAUCAAAAAUAAAUCCAAAUUGAAGAAAAAGAAUGAAAAGGACAGGUCAGCUUCUCCAGAAGAUAAAUACUCAAGUAGGAAGUCAAAGAAAGGAGACAAAUACAAGAUAAGUGAACGAUUUGGAAACAGAGAUUCAUCUGAACAUAGAUCAAGAAAAAAGAACAAACAAAGAAGACGAUCAUAUAGUUCCAGUUCUCAAAGCUCUGCCUCAUCAGUAGAUGAGACAAAAGAAAGACGCACAUCAAGAAACCGCAGCCCAGAUCAAAGCAAAUCUAGUAAAGAAUUCACCAAUAAUGAAGUUCUUAAAGACUCUAGUAAAGAUAAAUCAAGACAUCGAAGUAAAGAUGAAUCAAAUUCAAAGAGGAAGUCUCCAACAGCUCAAAGUGAUGAAAAGCAAACCACAAAAGGCAAAGGACACGAGAGAAAAGAUUCAAUACAAGAUGACAUUGAAAUAGCAUUACCCUCCAAGUCCAAGUGGGACACUGACAGUGAUUCAGAUAAUGCAACCAGUUUUAUUAGCAGGUUUGAUAGAAAUGAUCCAAAGGCACCUGAUGUAUGUAAAGAGCGUAGUAUUCCUGAUAUUGAGAUGAAAAGGUACACAAGUCCAUCUGAAAGCAGGGGCAGAAAAUCCACAAGUAGGUCAGCAAGAUACAAAAGUAAAAGCCCAGAAAGAAAAGAAUCUAAGUCAUCAAAGUCUGAAACUUCAGUAAUAAGAGAUAAAGUGUCCAGCCGAAUCAGUAAGAGUCCAGAUAGACAACUUCAUGACAGAAGAAAGAGUCCAAUCCAUAGAAGGCAUUCCAAGGAACACAAAGUAGGUGAUGAUAAAAGAAAAUCCAGUGUUAGCCCAGAAUUAAAAUCAUCCAAUUCAGGCUCAAGCCUGGGUCGACGAUCAAAACACAGAAGUAGAAGUUUUGAAAGGGCUCAUGUAGCAUCUAAGGAUAGGAAAUCUGAUAAGAAAUCUCACCAUAAACAUAAAAGCAACAGUUCAGAUAGUGACAGAUCUCUCAGUCCAAUGGAAGUAAGCAAAGAUGAUAAAAAUAAGAAGGGAGGAGACAAAGAAAGGAAGACAAGCAAGAAAAGAUCAACAAUAAGUCCAACUGGUAGGAAACAGACUCGAAACAGUUUGGAUGGGUCAUCAAAAUAUCGAGACUCUAGCCCAGACUCAAUUUCAUCUCGAUAUAGAAGUCCAGAACAAAAACAGAAGGAUAAAUCUGAAAAGAAAAGACUCAAAGAAAAACCAGUGGAUGAACCAAAAAUAAAAUUAAAGUCCAAGCUUGAUAAGAAAUCAUAUGAUGAUGGCUCAUGCUCCGAGGAGGAGGAUCCCUAUCCUAAAAAAUCAUCCAAACACAAGAAGAAGAAAUCAAAACACAAGAAAAGGAAAAGAAAAAGCCUCGAUGAGCUAAUUGAUAAAUAUAUUGCAAACCUAGACAGUGAUUUAGACGACCAUUCAGGUGCCAAUGAAGCAGAUAUGUUUAGUGAUAAUUCUGAUAAAGACAGAGAUCAUUCUAAAAAGUCAAAGAAAAAGAAAAAGCAUAAAAGUUCACCUACAUAUUCACCAGAGAUGGACCUUUCACCAGUUUAUAGUAGGAAGUCAUAUAAAAGCUCUAAGUAUUCCACAGAUGAUACAGAUGAGGAUGAACGUUUUGAAUAUACUAAAGCUAAGAAGCACAAGAAGACUAGAAGUGAAUUGACAGAUCAGGACAGUAAAAAAGACAAACAAGAAACGCAUUCAAUUACUGCUAAAUCUUCAGAUAUACUGAAGGAAAUGGAACUCUCUAAAUAUGAAGAUUACAUGGAUACAAAAUCUAGACAUAAAGAAAAGGAUAGAAAUCGAAGUUCAAAUAUUGAUAAUUUUUCAUAUGAUGAAAGGAAGAGAAAAAUGUCUGUGGAAAUAAGAUCCUCAAAAAGUAAAAAUAAACACAGAAGUCCAUCUUAUGAAGAAAAAAUUGAGAAGAAAAAACACGCUCUUAGAAGUCCUUCAUUAGAAGAUACUAAAUCAGGGUCAGGGGAUAGGAGAAAAGAAAGAUAUAGGAGCAGAACACCACCUCUUGAGAAACACAAUGAUCAAAGGAAAGGAAGAUAUAGAAGUAGAAGCAGGAGUUCAUCUGUCGAAAAGAAGCGAUCAAUAUCUAGUAAAAAACAGAAAGAACGAUACAGAAGUCCCUCGUUGGAAAAGAAGCAAUCAGUGUCUGAUGAUAAAAGGAAACAAAGGUCCAGAAGUAGGAGUCUGUCAUUGGACAGGACAUCUUCAUCUAGUUAUAAGCAAAAGGAAAGAUAUAGUCCACUUUUAGAAAAGAUGCAGUCACGAUCUCAUAAAAGGAAUGAAAAAUGUAAUAGUAGAAGUCCAUCAGUAGACAAGGAGCAGUCAGUAUCUAGUUCUAAGGGUAAACAUAGGAAUAAGAGUAUAUCUGAGGAACAAAGCCAGUUAAUAUAUGAAAGCAGAAAAGAAAGCAGAAGGAAAGAAUCACAACCUGUCCAAGAAAGAGUUAAGAAAUAUGAAACUAAAGAUAGUGCAGAUUAUGAAAUUGCUUCAGAUUCCAAAAGAAGAGAUGUUUCUCCCACCACACAUGUUGUUGAACCAAAACUUGAUGUAAAAUCCAGGGUUGAAAGAACAAAAGAUAUGCAAAGGUCACGCAGAAUAUCAGAACCGAAGUCUAUGGAUAUAUCCUCGAAUGAUCAACUUGAAACAGAAAGAUUUAAAGCAGCUGAAGAAAAAGAUCCUGAGCCAUAUAGUCCAAGUGCAAGAGAUGAAGGAAGAUACAGCCUUACACCAAGCCCUGUACCCCAGCGUCACACUUUUGAGGAUAAACUAGAUGUUAAAGUAAAGCCCUCAAUAAAGGAAGAUGUUGAUGAAGCACCAAGUUCCUCAUAUAGUAGCUCAUCGGAGGAUUCAAGUUCAAGUGAUGAUGACAGUACAUCCAGUGACUCGAGUGAUUCAUCAUCUUCAGAAGAUGAUGAUGAUGAGGAAGAACAAGCUCCACCACCCCCACCCCCUCCAGUACAAAAGAAAAUAUCACCCCCUCCUGUACCAAGGAUACCAUCACCACCUCCUGUGCAGAGAUUUAAAGGAAAUAUUUGCCAAGUACAAUCUUUAGAUGUUUCUUCACUUUCAAACAAAGUAGAAAUUGCUACGAAGGUAAAAGAACAUCAAAAGGUUCAAGAUAGUACAAUAUCUGGUUCUGAGCUAUUCACAGAUGAAUUGAAACAAAAGUCCAUGCAAGAUUAUGAUUCUAAGAGAGAUAGUGAUUUUAACUUAGGAAAACUUAGCAAAGAGACUGAGGAAAAAGCAAAACCUGAUAAAGGCAGUGAUUUUAACAGAAAACCAAGCAGUGCAAGUGACUUUAGCAGCAAAACAAUGAAAGAAACAGAGUCCCAUAGAAAACCUGUUGAAACUAGGAAGAACCGCAGCAGGGACAGAAGUAGAGAAAAAAGGGAUAAACACAGCAGGGACAGAAGUAGAGAGAGAAGAGAUGAGCGCAGCCGGGGCAGAAGUAGGGAGAGAAGGGAUGGCCGCAGCAUGGACAGAAGUAGAGAGAGAGAUGAUAGAAAGAGAUACAGAGAUGACAGUAGAGAAAGGAGAAGUGGAAGAACAAGAAGAUAUGAUGAUAAGGAGGUGUCAAAGAAAAAGAAAGUAGAACCUGUAAUUGUAUUAGACGAUGCUGAUGAUGUAAUGGAAAUUGAUGAAGUACCUCCUCCCCCUCCUCCCCCAAGAAAACAACCCUCAGUUCCAUCCAUUGAUUUGGGCUCUAUACCGAUACCACUAGAUUCUAUUCCCUUACCACCAAUGAAAGGUGUUCCAGCAGCUACGAUGCCAGAAAUGCCACUUCCACCAGCACCUGUUCUAAAAGAAACCACUCCUCAACCACCUUCCCAACUACCUCCACCACCACCCCCUGAUAGUAUUUCCCAGCAGCCUAAAGUAGAAACUAUCCAAGCUGCAUUACAGCCACCAGCAGCAAAUGUUGAAAUACCAAGUGUUGAUCUUCCAUUACCAAAGGUAGAACCUUCAUCAGAUAUAAGUACUGUUCAGUUGGGAUCUCAACAGACUCAUGGACCUGCCGAUUCAUCUACACCUAACAGGCCAGUACCUGAGGUUACACAUACUGUUUCACCAGCAUCCAAUAAGAUUGCAGAAGCUAUGGCUAAACUCGCAGCUGCCAAAAAACCAGCUAGUUCAAGGUGGGAUGCCAAGUCCAAGCUUUCUACACAAACAAUUAAGAUUAAUCCAAAAAUUCAAUUCACUGAGAAUCAAGCUGCUGUUGCUGCUGAUAGUACAACAUCUGAACCUAUCGCAAAGUUUGGUAUGAUGAAAAAAAUCAUACCAAAAUCAUCAAAGAUUCAAAUGACUUUAAAAACUUCACUAGGUAAAUUUAAAACUCUAUCAGCUUUCCAAGCAGAUGAUGAGCCAGAAGAACAAUUAUCACAGCUACCUUCAUUAAGAUUGAGGGCAGCAUCAAAACCAGCUGAAUCGCUUAAAAAACUAGAAACAAUAACAAAAGCUGAACCUGAAAAGCCAGAUAUACUAGAGAAUAAAAUUGAUGACAAACAGAAGGAAACCAGAGAGGAAAGUCAGGAGAGAGCUGUCAGUGAACGUAAAUCAAGGAGAGACUCGAGUAAAGAUAGAAGGGAUGAAAGAAGAUCAAGAAGAGAUAGUCGCGAAAGAGGCAGAGAUAGAAGACGAAGCGAUAGUAGGGAACAUAGACGAAGAGAACGCAGUUAUGAGAGAAGAGAAGAAAGGAGAAGUAGAAGAGAUGAUAGCAGAGAAAGAAAACGAUCACGGAGAGAUGGUAGCAGAGAACGUAGGCGGUAUAGAAGCAGGGACAGGAGUAGAGGUAAAAGUGUUGAGAAACCUUCAGAAGAUGUAAGCAAUGAAAAUGUAUCAAAGACCGAGGAUAUGAAUGAAAAAUCAAAGUUAGAAGAUCAUGAUACAAAAGAUACAGCCACCUUUGAAACUGAUAAUUCUGUAUCUAAAGCUGAGCAAGUUCUCACCACAAAACCUAGUGUUCCAGAGUCUGAAGUUUAUGAUCCAUUUUCUGAGAGUGCUCCUGCUACACCUGAACCACUUAAAAAGGAAGAUGAACCCAAUACAUUGAUAGGAUAUCCUGCUGAAAUAUUGGAUAGGAUUGUAAAACAUGACACUCUACAAGAGAAACAAAUGGGAAAUAUUGUCCAAACAUCUGAGACUCCACUGACCAAUGCAGAAUCCUAUGCAGAGCAGCAGCAGAAAUAUGCAUCAAGAGAAGGCACACCAUGCCUUGAUGAACCUGGUGAUGGUGUUAAUAAUCCGGUGCAAGAAAUGCAAAAUCAACAGGGUGUUAUGAUGUUAAAUUAUCAGGCAUUGGGACAAACUUUCCCUGAAGAUACUGGAUUUGGACAAUUUAGCCAUAGCCAAGAACUGAGCAGGCCAACCUACCAUCAAGAUGGUGGAAUGCAGCAAGGUUUGGGUCCAAAGAGGUCUCCUAGCCCUAGAAGAGCUGACCUCGGCAAAUCUGGAUCAAGAAGAAGCCAAAGUAGAAGUAAGAGUAGAGGAAGAUACUCUAGGUCUCUCAGCCCAAGAAGAGCUUCAAGAAGGAGAUCAUAUGGUAGGGACUCACCAAGAAGAUCUAGAAGAUCUCAAAGCCCUCGUCGAAACUCUCGAAGUCCUCGGCGAAGAUCUAGAAGCCCUCGAAGAAGAUCUCGAAGCCCAAGGAGAAGGUCAAGGAGAUCGAGAAGCAGAGAGAGAAGAUACUCAUCAAGUCCUGAAAACAGGAAGUCUGGUUCAUCCAGGAGAAGGUCUAGAGAUAGAACUCCUGCAGCAUAUAGGAGAAGAAGAUAUUCUCGAAGUGUGUCUCGUGAACGAUGGAGAAGACGCUCUCGAAGUCCUAGGAGGUCAUCAAGGAGCCCAAGACGAAGAACAAGGAGCCCAAGAAGAAGAUCUCGUAGUCCAAGAAGAUCAUCAAGAAGCCCAAGAAGAUCAUCUAGAAGCCCAAGAAAUCGAAGGAGUGGCUUUUCUCCAAGAGAUAGAAGGCGACGAUCCAUGUCUAGGAGUAGGAGUCCAGAUAGAACUCGAAAAUCAGCAAAGGAAAUGUCACCGAAACCAAAACAAAACUUGGAUUGGCUGUUGAAGCCUGAUAAGACAAUUUCUCAGUCCCCAAUGUUCCAGGGUAGUUCACAACCAACCCUUGAGGAGCAACAGCAACAAUUCAUAGCUCAAAACCAACUAGCGGGAAUCCCUUUACCACCCCAAGGAAUUCCUUUACCCGGGGUAGGGAUUGCACCACCAACAUCAUCCCUGGUUGUCCCUUUAGUGAGCGGAGACACUGGCAGUGGGAGACAUAUUGCCCCCCACCAGGAGGCGCCAGUGCCUCCCAUCCCUAUUGAACCUCCUGAGCACCAGAUUCCAUUGGCUGAAAGAAUAAGUCGAAUGUUGAAUCCUGACACGCCUCCUCCCCCAGCUCCACCUGCACCUGUGCCAUCUAUACAGCAUGGGCCACCCACUCAUCCCCCGCCCUCUCAGCACACCCAACACAUGUUUAUGCCACAGUCGCAAUAUGGGAUGCCCCCACCUUCUCUGUUGACUCCAUCUGAUUUGAUAUCUCAUCCACCCCCUCCUCCACAAUAUCCAGGGUAUGCCCAACAAGAUGAAUAUUCCAAUUAUUAUCAACAGCCACCACCAAUGCCACUCCAAACGGAACCUCCACCAGUGCCUAAAAAGCAACCAGAACAACCUCAGGUCUCUGUGCCCACCCACACCUCUCUGACUCACUCCCCAAGUAGAUCACCUAAAAAGGAACUCAAAGAGGAUAGCGAAGUAUCUAUCAAAACUAGGAAAAAUGAUAUUCAACCCUCUGACACAAGUGACAUGGAAUUAGAAGAUGCAGCAGAUGAAAAGAUUCAAACUGCAGAGCAAUCUGAACCAAACAUUGAUGAAAUCACUUCUAAAAAUGAGCCCUCAGAACAAGAAGAAACAAAUGACUCAAAAAUGUUGUUUCCUCAUAUUGGAGCCAGUCCAACUAUAGAAGAUGAAAACAGUUCUGAGACACCAACUAGGAAGGAUGCAGACAAUGAACAAAGGACUGGGACACCAACACCUUCAUUCCCAAGUGACUUUGCUGAAGUUACUCCAAGUACCACUAAAUCUAGUAAGAAGAAAAAAGGUAGAAAAUCGCUUGCAUCUGAGAAUGAUGUGGAUACCAACUCUGAAAAUGACACACCAUCCAGACGGCGUAGCAGUCGAUUGAAGUCAUUAGAAGUGAAGAAGGGAAAAGAGGAGAAAGGUGGAACCAUCAAGAAAGACAAGAAAGAAAAGAAAGAGCGAAAGAAGAAGGAGGAAGAACAAAAAGAAGAGGAGCGAGAACCAUUGAGUCCAACAACAGUUACUUUUACAAAAGAGCGCAAAGAUUUUGUUGUUCCAGAUUAUCUGCGUCGAGAAAGUCUCAAUAACACUUCAGAGGUGAAUCAGAAUGAUGAAAGCCCGAAAUGCAUGAAAAUGAAAUCAAGAUGGUUGCAAGCGAGUGCACUCGAAGGUUUCAGCGCUGUUCCAUCAAGUUCCCCGCCUCCCCCAGAAUCUGACACUGAUGCAAAGCUGGAUGUAUUUAAAGAAGAUGAUGAUGUGAAACGAGAGUUCACAGGAAAUGAUACCAGUAACAUUAUACCCCCUGCUGUUGAAGAGGAUGAGGAUCUCCCUGAACGACCAACCUUUGAAGAAAUCAAAGAAAACAUAUUUCUCUCUGAAAGGAAGAAAUCUAAGGCUAAAAAGGAGGCACGACGUAUGCUCUGUGACUGCACUACAAGUAAGGAAGACCGAAAGAUGGGUAUGCUCCCAUGUGGUGAUGAUUGUCUCAAUAGAAUGCUCAUGAUUGAGUGUGGCUCAAGAUGUCCCUGUGGUGACUACUGCACAAAUAAACGCUUUCAAAGACUUGAGAAUGCCAAUGUAGCUCCAUUCCGCACAGAUUGGAAGGGCUGGGGUCUCCAGGCAGAGGAGGAGAUCAAACCGGACACAUUUGUAAUGGAGUAUGUGGGUGAGGUGCUGGAUUAUAAACAGUUCACUAAACGCACCAAGCAAUAUGCGAGAGAAGGCCAGGCUCAUUACUAUUUCAUGGCCCUCAACACGGAUGAAAUCAUAGAUGCAUGGUCCAAAGGGAAUGUCUCUCGCUUCAUCAACCAUAGCUGUGAUCCUAACUGCGAAACACAAAAGUGGACUGUAAAUGGCCAACUUAGAGUAGGAUUCUUUGCCAUUAAAGACAUUAAACCUGGAACUGAGAUAACAUUUGAUUAUCAAUGGGAGAGAUAUGGGAAGGAAGCUCAGAAGUGUUACUGCGGGUCAGAUAACUGCAGGGGGAUCCUGGGGGGAGAGAAACGCCAAACUCUCAAGUCAUCCAAAAAACGCAAGUCAAGCACAGAGAGGAAGCCAGUCGUAGACAUCUUUGAUGACAGCCUGGAAGAGGACAUAGAAAGAAUGGUCUCUCUGGAUGGCUUGAAGAACAAACAGCAUGUGUUGACGCUGUCCCGGCUGAUGGUGCGUUGUGAAACUGCUGACCACAGAUUGGCUCUCCUUAGGCUACUACAGUCUCCCAAUACUGAGCCAGCAUGUCUGCGUCUGUUCAUAGACUAUCAUGGUUUGUCUCUUAUGUGGAGUUGGAUGGUUGACCUGGGCAAAGAGUUCAGGACUGAGCUUAAGAGCCAGAUUUUGAACACCCUAAGAAGACUUCCAAUUACAAACAAAAAUGUGCUUAAAGACAGUAAGAUCAUAACGGUAGUUGAAAAAUGGUCGAGAGAGGUUGAUGAAAAGGAGGCUGACGAUUCUCAAAGUGAGGCCCCGUCAGGGUCUCAGACUCCAUUGACUCUGAGUCAGACUAGCUCCAUGCUAGGCGCAAGUCAAUCUGGCCUAAACAGUAGUCAGAUAACUCUAAACAUUGGUGAAACAUCUGAUACACCCCCACCACCAGAUGUCUCCAGUGAGCUUUACAGCCGUCUGCUGAAUAAAAAACGCAAACUUUUACCUGGUCAAAGGGGUGAAGAAGCGAGUGGCUCUGAUAGUGAUUUUUCAGACUCUAGCAAAUUGUCAGCUAUUGCAGACAACAGCUCACAACAUUCUAGUCAUACACCAGUCAAAUCAAAACCUGACACUGAACCUAAAGUGCUUGAACCAAAGGUGAAAUAUGGAGAACGUGGGAACAUAUUUGACAUUGUGGCCAAUGAAAUUAAGAAUGAGAGCUUUAGUGAAGAUUUACCAGAUACUCAACCUCCAGAAGCAGAAACUAUUAUAGAAGAUGCCAAGGUUGAAUCUACCACAGAUGAUAAUCUCACUGAGGUUGAAGGUCAAGGUGAAGGUCAUAGCCAGGAUGAAGCUCAGACAGAAAGCCAGGAAGAUGGAGAAAGCAGUAAAGAACCAAACAUUUGUAACUUUGCCUCAGAUCUCCUUGAAUCAUGGAGUGGAUUAAAGGAGCUGUUCAAAAUCCCUAAAAAACAACUGGUGGAGGAGCGCAAGAGGACAGAAGAGGAACUUGACCGCCAAAAUAGAGAAAAAAUAGACUCAAGGCGAGACAGUGACAAAUUGGAUAGCUAUAGUGAAUACAAUCGCCGAAAUAGGGAUCGCGAUCGGGAUCGCAAACGUCGCCAUGGUGAUUCACCAGAGGGCAGAUCAAGCAAACAUUCUCGAGAUGAUCGUAAAGACAGAAGAAGCAGGGAUAGCAGAUCAUCAUUCCCAACUACUCCAAAGGGCUCCAUGUCCAAGGAAGAGAGAAGAUCAUUGUUUGAGGCACAGGUGAAAGCAAAGGAGGAGUUGGACCGCAUAAUCCAAGAGCAAGAGCAGAAGCGUCAACAACAGCAGCAAUUACAACAUGAGGCUGAUAUGGUAGAAAUGCAAUAUAGGGCAUUACAGGAACCCAGUGCAGUAUUUCAGGACCCUACCACUGGUGCUAUGGUAAUCCAGGACCCUACCUUACUGCCAGACCAAGUGGUCAUCCAGGACCAGCUGCACCAGGACCAAUUGUUCCAGGACCCUAAUGUAUUAAUGCAGCAACAGUUUCAGGAUCCAUCCGGUGCAAUGUACACAACAGAGGCUGUGUACCAGGAUCCAACAACAGGUCAACUUAUAAUGCAGGUCCCCCAGGCAAGCCAAAGUUCUGUUCAACAUGGUUUUGUGGAUCCAAACACCCAAGUUGUCUAUCAAACUCAGGUUCAAGUGCCAUCUCAACAGACACAAGUCACGCAGGGUUACAUCCAGUCUCAGCCACAGAUACAGCAGGUUGCUGGGCAACAAGUGUAUUAUCAAACCCCGCAAGGUGUGGUGGUGCAACAACAGUAUCCUAGUCAGACUGCCGGCCAGUCUGUUUCCCAGGUGCAACAGGUACCAGUACAGUCACUGGAACAACGACUGGAGUCUGAGGCUGUUCCAGGAGAUCUUCCACCUCCCCCACCCUCCCCACCUGCCAAAAUUAAGCCUGUGAAACUGCCACCUAACUGGAAAACUGCCAAGGAUGCUGACAACAAAACAUACUACUAUCAUACUGUUACUAGGCAGACGCAGUGGGAUCCCCCUCAGUGGGAUGGAGCGGAGGGACAGGAUGUUGACCUCUAUGACACCCCAGACUAUCAAGAACACUCCAAGAAGCAUCAGCGUAGGACUACAACUGCACCUGCUGAUACGUCAUCAGAAAAUGCACGCAGACUGAAAGAGAAGUUCCGCUCAAACAUGUCCUCUCAUAUCGUGGCAUGUCUGAACUCAUACAGGAAGCCUGAUUGCAAACGAGGCAGGAUUACCACCACUGAAGAGUUCAAACAUCUGGCUAGAAAGUUAACCCACACUGUGCUUGCGAAAGAGCUGAAGCACUGUCGUCAUGAGGAAGAUUUGGAAGUGAAUGAAAGUGUCAAGGCGAAGGCCAGGGACUAUGUGAAGAAAUAUAUGUCAAAGUUUGGCAACAUUUACAAGAAAGCUCCCUCGCCAUUGGAGAAUUUCUAAUUUUGUAUGACCAACUUUUCAGAGACUUGUUUCUUAUACUGUGAUUUUGAUUUUUAAUCAAAAUCUUUCAUGAUGUUAACAGGGGAUAUACAAUUUAGUUUUUCAGCAAAUGAAAACACUAUAUGCGAAACAAAUGGUUAAGUAAACCUACAGCAUUUAUUUUAUAGCUGAGAAAAGAAAAGUUUAUAUUAAGUGUAGUAAAAUUCUAGAAUUGUUGACUCAAAACCAAGUGGCCCAUAUGUUGUACAUGAGCAAGUAAGGUACAGUCAUGUACUCCAUGUAUUACACGUCUGUUGGCUCAGCUUAGGGAUAUAAAGAUAAAUAUUCAUGUUCUACAUGUAAAAUCCAUACCCACUUGUAUUUUUCCAAAUGAAAUAAUGAAUUUUCAUUUUGUGAGGGAUCAGAAAUGUUCUUUGUUCGUUUAGAUAAAUAGAUAAGACAGUCAUGUCCCCCGCAAAAAGUGUGGUAACAAGAAGUCCCAUUUUGGACACAUGUCAUGUAAAAAUGAUUUUUAUCACCAAAUUUGUUAAAAUCAUCUUUCCAAUCUGUUGUUAUUCAGAAAUCAAAUAAAGAUGCAAACAUGAACUGGCUUUUACUCCCUAUCCAAUGAAGACUUCUGAUUGUUAAACUAUUUGUGGGGGCUAAAUAUUGGAGAUAUAACUGACUUGUAUUUUUUAGGAUUCAUCUGUAUUUUAUAUGACCUUAUCACUUCUCUUAGAGAUUAGAACUUUGUAAUAAGUGGACGCUGAUUUUAAUGAAUUCUUUGACUUAGUAUUGAGAAAAACCAUUCUAUGUGUGUGUGUGUAUUAUGAACUUCAGAAGAAGUGGGUAAUCUUGAUUACAUGUUAUAUUAUGUGUAUGUGGAUUAUAUUAUGAGAUAUGAAUUGUUGAGAAUGCAAAUUGAAUUGAAAGUUUUUUCUCAGAAGAAAGUUGGCCGAGACAUUUAAAAUAAUGAUGAAUAAACGACCAAGAUUGUAUGUUUAAAAUAAUGAUGAAUUAAACGGCCAAUGUAGUAUGUUUGAAAUAAUGAUGAAUAAACGCACACAUAUUUUAGCUUCAAAGUCAAAACAAUGGUUAUAGUAUAAUAAAUAUUACUUAUUUUGUCUAGAAUAUCAUUGCAAUAUUUUUAUUAUCACAAUUAUGUGUUCAAACUUAGAUGUAGGAAUUAUAUAAAUGUUGUUUAACAUCUUUAAGGCUGUAUUUCAAUCAAUUUCAGUCGAAAUUCAUCAAUUGAAGAAGUAUAUUUUGUGACCCCAAUAUUGGAAAUUGGAAAUCAAGGUGCUUGAACUUGGGUCAGUUGAGACUGAAAUGUAACACCUUUAUUAUUUAGAUCAACACAUUCAACAUUAGUGAGUGACAGGAAACAUGGUGACUUUUGUAAUUGUGAUGUUGGCUUGGUCCUAAAGUCACUAUAUUUCUGUUACUUCCACAAACUAGGGUAAUACUUAUAUUUAGAAGUGUUGAUGUUAGAAUAUUUCACUGUACUUCAGACAUAAUUCCUCUAAGAUAUGUAGACUAUAGACCUAUUAGAUAAGCAGACUACAGACCUACUGUUAGAUACACAGACUACAGACCUGUAAGAUAUGUAGAUUAUAGACCUGUAAGAUAUAUAGACUACAUACCUGUAAGAUAUGCAGACU